GCAGAGCUGACACACGAAGAACUAGACCAUUAAAUAAUAUAUCUUUAACUUUCGAAGCUUAUUUGGCAAUUUAUUUUUUUUUUUUGUGCAAAAUUCAAGAAGAAAAUUGUGUCAACCAAAACCCAAGACUCUUAAGUUCUAAAUUUUAGAAAUCAAAAUUAAAUAAAAGUGUUUAAAAUAUAGAAGAAAGUGAAGCCAUUGAGGCGACCUAGUCGCAAGCAGAUCAAGUUUCUAGGGACAUGCCAACCAUGACGAGAAUGCAUCGCCACUCCAGCUCCAGUGCCGUGGUGGAGGAGAAUCGCGGCCGGAGACGCGGCCCUGGCGCGGGUGAUGCCAACAAGGAGAACUUCGGGGUGCACUUUAUGAGCAGUCCGUUUGGCAAUGCCAGCCUGAUUGCCCUCCAGGACCUGAGCAAUGUCCAUGGCAAGAGCCCGCAACGCAGGAGCUUCAGCGAAGGCAGUGGUCCCCGCCAGGCCACGCCCCAACUGGCGGCACUGAGGAGCUGCCUGCCACGCGGUGGAGUCGGUGUAGGUGGCGGUGCCGCCGCUCUAGAGGACUCGCAGCUCUCGUCCUCUCGAAUGGGUGACACCACGCUAGAUCGUAUGCUAGAUGCCAUUAUUGAAUCCGCACGGAAGGAGGUGCGCUACAAGCCGAAUGUGGUGGCCACUGCCACAACCACAGCAGCCCCCACCACCACUGUCCUACCCGAGAACGCCGAGUGGAGUGAGACCAGUGUCCACGAAAUGGAGGUACGCACUCCCACCCACUUGAAGCGCCAGCGGGUGGUGCGCCGCAAGAAUCCCCACAAAACCACCGGUCCCACCACUGGGGGCCAACGUCCCACCAGCACCACCACCACCGCCCAGCAACUGGAGCACAUUCCCAGCACGAAGCGGUGCCUGAGCUUCUCCUCCAGCUCCAACUCCAGCGACCUGGAAGUCGAGGAGGAUGACGAGGAGAACCAGCAGGUGGCCAAGAGGGGAUCCCUGGCCACACCGCCCUCCCACUGCACCACCACGAGCAGCACUAGCAGCGGCAGCAGUGGCAGCAGCAGCGGGGCAACUGACUUUGGAGAAGCCUCGCCAAGGGGCAGCAUCGAUCUGAGCAUUUCUUACGACGCCAAGGAGCAGAAACUGAAUGUACAUGUGAUUCGCUGUCGGGACUUGCAACGUUCCCAUGGCGGCAACGGUGGCAGCAUCAAUGCCUACGUUAAGGUGGCUCUGUCCGGUACAGGAUCCGGCUAUGGAUCCGGUUCGGGUUCGGGAUCGAGUGGCCAGCGCGACCAGCGCACCGCUGUUCAUCGGCACUCGAGUCGUCCCUAUUUUGACCAGCGCUUCAGCUUCCCGAUUUGCGGUGGCGAUUUCAAGGAUAACGACGAUUUCAAGGAGCAGAGCCUUCAGCUGGCAGUGUGGCACCGAGAUCGCCAUUUAAAACGCAGCGAAUUUUUGGGCUGCAGCACUUUCCCAUUGAGCGAACUACUGCAGCCGCACGCCGGCACCACGGCCGGAUCCUACAAGCUGCAGGCGCAGGGAUGUCCACCGCCUAGCCACCGCCAGAGUCGCGAGAACCAGCACCACAAUCACCAGAGUCACGCAUCCGUAUCCGCGGCGAGCACUAAUCCCGGAGAGAAUCCGGAGAAGGCAGCAGCAGCAGGAGGAGGAGGAGGAGAACGCGAGGGUGAGGAGCAAGAGAAUAGCACGGAAAUGGCUGCCAUUACAGCAACGCCACAAAAGGCAGCGGCCACCACCGGAACUGGCACUGGAUCUGUAUCCGUUUCCGGAUCCACAGCCGCCGCCCUGACCCUCAACGAUGAGGUGAUCAGCAUUAGCAUCGAUGGAGAUCCCAGCCAGCAGGCCGGCCAGCAACCGAUGCGACUCAGCAAGAAGGCCCUCCACCAGCGCGACGCCGACGAGAAUCUCUUCCUGAGAUUCCUGGAACUCGAUCCGCCGGCGGACGGGAAUGCCAACAGUACGACUGUGGGCGCCACCGGCGACAAGACGGCCAACUCGUCCUCGAACGCCAAGGCCAACGAGAGCAAUGCCAACCACUUGAACGGCUCCGCCAGUCGACGACACUCCACCAUGCCGAACAGUGCUGGUGGCGGCGGAGGAGGAGCAGGAGUGGGAGGAGGCAGUGGCUCCGGAAGGCAAACCGGAAGGACACCCUUCACGAUGACCAAACGACUGACCAGAACCGAGGAGCGGGGCUUCGGGUUCUCGAUCGUUUGGACCCAUCCGCCCCGGGUGGAGAAGGUGGAGGCAGGCCUCUCGGCGGACCGGUGCGGCAUCCUGCCCGGCGACUAUGUGAUCUUUGUGGACAUGCACAAUGUGGUCACGAUGCCCGAGGCUGAUGUUCUGAACUUGAUACGAUCGCAGGGCUCGGCCUUGACGUUGGAGAUUUUCAGAAGGUCAGGCGCGGGCGCCACCACAAUCUCGACGGCCACCACCGCCACCGCCACAGCCAUCGCUGCUGCUCCCCCCAAGAAGAUCUACGGCCUGGAUGCCGGCAUAGGCAUUGGCAUCGGUGUGGAGGAGCCACUGUUGCCCACCAGCUUGAGCACCACCAGCACCCACGCCCAACCCCAGGGCGUUGUCUCCAGUCUGCAGAGGAGUGCCAGUUCCCGCGUCCAGACGGCCAUCAGUCGUCCGGCCACCGCCUGCUCGGGCACCACGUCCUCCAUCGAGGCCGCCAAGCGGCGGCUGCACCUGCCCCAGGUCACCUUCAGCAAGGAGUCCAUUGUGCCCAUCACGGACAAUCGGAGGCGUUUCCUGCUCCAGCUGAUCAGCCGGGAGCAGAACUUCACGGCCGCCCUGCACUUUGGCGUCCAGCGCUUCGUCCAGCCCUUGGUGGAGCGCAAGGACCUCAUCUCGCCGAACGACCAUCGCACCCUGUUCCAGAACAUUGACGAGCUGCUGCGCAUCGCCGAGGACAUCCUGGAGCAACUGUGCAGCAGCGAGCAACAGGACCAGGACCAGCCCCAGAUGAACUUCGCCUCGCGGGUCUAUCUCUCGAAGACCACGGCGAUCUGUGCCGCCUACAAGAAGUACUGCAACGGCAUCAAGCGGGCGGACUGUGUCCUGGUGAACAAGUCCCGGCAGACGGGCUCCGAGUUCAUUGCCUUCAUCACGGAGCCGGCGGUGCCAAGGAAGAGGCCCGAUCUCACCAUGUUCAUCCACCGGCCGCUGCAGCACUUCCGGGAGAUCCUCAAGCUGAUGCAGCUCCUGGCCGGCAACUGUCACGUUGACACCGAGGAGCACAAGAACUUCAGCACGGUGAUUGCCGAGCUCCAAGCCGCCUACAGAGAGAUCACCGUGAGCAGUGGGCUGAUGGAGCCCCUGGGCGAGGGCCGGCCGCUCCUAACGCUGCAGGACCUGGAGUCGCGAAUGGUCUUCACCAAGUGCAAGCCCUUCACGCUGGCCGUGCAGGGCCGCCAGUGGAUCUUCGGCGGGGACUUGUCCCGCGUCGAGGGUCGCUCGGUGAAGCCCUACUGGACGCUGCUCUUCAGCGACAUCAUUGUCUUUGCGAAGGUCAGUCGGGAUCGGGUGCUCUUCAUCACCGAGGAGCCCAUACCCAUUGCCAAUGUGGUGGACUCCUGCUUCCACAUGCGCAAGAAGACCACCGAGUUCCGUCUGACGGUGGAUCCCAAUGGCCGUCUGGCCGAGAGCCCCACGGGCUACUGUGCCCCGGAUCUCACCCGCACCCCCAAGAGAGGAGCCCGCCGGAAGAGCCUCAUCCUGAGAGCUCCCUCCCUGGAGCUAAAGGCUGUUUGGCAGAACCUGCUGCAGCGUCAAAUAUUUCUUGUGAAUGCCGCCCUGGGAUCGACACCUCUAUCCAGUCCGCUGGACUCACCAGACGUCCUGAACACCCUCGUGCCCCUGAGCGACAUCGGCCUGACCUCCGCCUCGAUGGGAUCGAUGAAGCUGCCGUCGCUGGACAGCAUCCACCUGAAGCAGCAGCAGAAACAGCAGCAGCGCAGCAAUAAUUCCCAAACAGCGGCCACCGAUCGAUCCGUGGAUCGAUCCCAUGGCCCGCACUCCCACAGCGGCCACAGCGGCCAUGCCGUGGAGCAGAUCGAGCUGCUGAUCGACGAAAAGUGCCGCAUCUUAAACAAGACCGGCACCCCCAAGUCGAGUGCCCUCCACCUGGCCAACUGGAUGAAGGGCCAGCUGGACAAACAGCAGCAGCAGGCCCGACUGGCGGCCAUUGCCCGCUCCCAGGAGAAUGUCAGUGCCGAGGACGAGCAGCUGAUAUUCAACAGCGACAGCGAGCAGGACGAAAGGAUCACCUACUGGACGCGCCAGCAGCUGGAGAAGCGCACCAAGGAGCUCAACCUGGCCAAGGAGAACGGCGGCCUCUCCGCCAAGCCAAACUUUGGUGGGAAGCGCCUCAGCGGCGUUGAGGAGCUCAGCAUGAGCGCCACCUCGGACAUAUAUUCCACCACGUCGGAGGCGGAGGGUGUGACGAGCCAGAUCAGCCAGUCGCACAGCACAACGUCGGACAGUCAGAUCACCGUACGCUCCAGUCCCAUUGUCCUGGACAAGCUGGCCGUGUGCCGGCACUGCCACAAGAACUGCCAACAAAGCGGCGGUGGUGCAGUGCGUCCUGGCGGCGUGAAUACGUCCAACUCCACACCCGUGCUCCUCUGCAACUCCCUGAAGGUCCAGCACAGCCAGUCCUCCCCAAAUCGAUGCUGUAAGCUGAACGGCCUGGGAGCUGGGGAGCAUGGCGCCGAUAAAGGAUCAGAGACACGAACUGGCGCCAGAACGGGAACGGAGACUGGGACGGGCAGCAUGACCAGCAUGUCCAGUAGCACAAUAACCGGGGAGUUCUCCUCCAAGGUAGUGGCUAGCAGCAGUCGCCGGGAGACCGGCGACACGGAGAGCGAUGUCGCCCAACUGAUCACCGACGAAAUCUCGAUUUCCCAAUCAGAGGCGACGGAUGACAGUGUUGGGGCGAUCCCGAACAGCAGCAGCAGUGCCGGCGACUCCAAACUACGUCAUCUAGAACAGAAUACAGUCACAGCCACCCCAGCCAGUCCGUCCCUGCCCAAUGGUCACUGUAGUGGGGGAACUGGUGGUUCGCCCAAGCCACUGCCACCGCCCCGUCGCACCCGAAUCGUGGCCCAGAUGUGCCAGGAACCGGCCCGGCCCAAGGCCAAUCAGCAGGUGAAGGCCAUUGUCACCAUAACGGAGACGGCCCGCAUCAUGCGGAGCAGUCCCACCAAGGGAUCCAGCUCCGUGGGCGGAUCACCGGCCAAGUACUCGGCCUGCCACUGUCGCUGCACCCCAGAGGACUUCACGAACGCCCAGCUCUCGCCGGACAAGAUGGAGCACCAGACCUGCAAGCUCCUCGAAUCGCCCAAGCAAACGGCCACCACCAUGAAGCAGCAGCAGGAGAAGCAGGAGGACGACCAGCUGUCCCUGAUGCUCAUCGGCCUGGCCCAGUUCGCGCCGGCGGCCAAGCUGUGCGGCCAGGACCGGCUGGCCAAGGAGGAGAAGAGCCUGAGCAGCAGCACGCCCACCAUUGCGGUGGUGCCGCCCACUCCCGACGCCGUGCUCACGAAAACCACCACCCACGUGUGGGACAAUAGCGGCUGCUCCUCGAACGGCACCGGCACGGCCACCACUAGCACCGCCACCACGACCACCAAGCAGCCACGGCAGGCCAUCAUCGAAAACAUACCCGAGGACUCCUGCGACGAAUCGCCCCUCGACGAAGAGCCCCCCUACCGACCCAUGAGCAGUGCCCUGCGGCGCUUCGGCACGAUGUCCAGCCUGGAGAAGCUGCCCUCCGACGAUCGGAUGGACGAGGCCGACGAGCUGGACGACGACCUGGAGCCCUACACCUCGAACGGGCAUGUAUCUCCGCCGCAGAACGACGAGGACGACGAGGAGGAGGCCCGAUCGGACAAGGCUCUGGUGCAGAACCUAAACGACCUGGGAGGGGCCAGUUCCUCGUCGGGUAUCCUCGUCAAUGGCGAUGUCCUGGCCAGCGGGGCCUGGACCAACCGGGCCGGGGCCUUCGUCUCCGACAAAAUGUCCUUCUUCGAGGAGUCGCGGGCCUUCAUCGACAAGUACUUGGGCCGAUGGAAUGCCGGGGAUGGGCAGCAGUCGCAGCAGCAGUCCCACCACCAGCCCGGCACCGCCUCGGAGACGGACGAGCAGAUGGACGAGUGCACCUCGGGCGCCACCAGCGGCGAGGAGGUUUGGGGCACACCCACCAGCGGCGGGGACAACGACGACCAGGACAUGCAGCUGAUCAACUCGGAGAACACACACUCGUCGCCCACCAAGUCGAGCACCUCGCUGAACGAUGACGAUGACACGGAACUGAUGAUGGACGAACUACUGAUGGCGCCACCGAUGACGGCCAGCACGAUCCGAGGACUGCUGCCACGCUUUUACAGACGUCGACUUGAGCCAUUAUUCGAGGAAGAGACGGAGAGCGACGAAGAGAAGACUCAGCAGGAUAGCGAUGACGUCAAAAAGGGGGAAGCAACGACCAAUGGCCACUACCUAGAGGAUUCGGCUGGAAGUUCAAGCGACAGCGAGGUGGAGCCAGUGGCGGAGGCGGGGGCGGCGGGAGUCCAACCACCAGUUCCAGUCCCAGUUGUGCCGGAUCUGGAGGAGGAUCCAGCGGAGCAGCAGUUGGUGGCGGAGGAGCAGCAGCAGCACCGGGAGCCACUGCAUCCGAUGGCGAUGGGACCACGUCCCUUGGUCACCACACGUUUACUACCCACCACAGCCAUUACCACGCAAGUGGAUCGCGUCCUGGAUCCUCCAGUGGUCUCAUCCUGCGAGUAUCUGCUCGAUCAGCGCCGAUCCGACGACGUCGUGGCGCCGGCGGACAAAUCUCAGAUGCCAGCAGCGAUGCCGGCAGUGACGGUGAUGAGUACGGGGAUCGGAUCCACGACGACGACGACGAUGACGAUGACGACGACGAGGAUGACGACGAUGAGGGCCACAACCACAUCGACGACGAUGACGACGACGAUGCCGAGUCGAGCUCCCUCAUCGACUACUACAACAAUCAGCAGCGGGAGCGGCACUACCAGCUCCGGCGGCAGAGCCAGCGGCAGGCCAGCGGCGAAGUUCGUCCCGCCUCCGCCGCCUCCGCGUCGUUUGCUGCUCACGCAGACAGAUCUAAGCGCUGCCAAGGUCAAAACGGAGCCACCUCAAAGAAAAUCUGGCGGUACUGCUGACAGUGGCUCUUUGGCGGCUGUCGACGGCGCCGCCAGCGUUUCGGGCCCAACCGCUACCGGGUCAAGGACAACGCCAGCCAUGGGGAGUACCAGCAGCUCGGCGGCAAUGCCAGCGGCUCGGGCCAGGGCGGAAGCAGGUCCUGCGGCGGCAGCAAAACGACCAUCCUCAACGAUAAUCGAGACCUGCCUGCUGGGGGCGCCCCGACGCGGGCCCUCAACCUCAGUCUCAGCAACUUCAUCAGCAACAGUCUCGAAGACGGCAAAGCCGAGCCGGCCGAAGCCGCAGGAGCCGCGGGAUGCAGUGGGGCAGGCGCAGAGCAGCCAGGAUGCAGUGGCACCACUGCCGCCGCCGCCAGCAGCAGCAACCGACGCAGCCGCUCCUCAUUCAGCGGCCGCUGCCCCAAUGCCCCACGGUGGCUGCGGCCUAAGCCCAAGGCUGGAAAUGCGACUGGCCCUCAACCACGACAUCCUCGGGGACGAGGACUUGAUCUGCUACGAGCCUGGUCCCGAUCUAACAACUAUUCUGGGGCACGACCUCUCCACAUUUCAUCGUCUGACGGGGCGCGAUUUAUUGAGUCGUUCAGCCACGAACCGGGUGCAGCCAAAAGAGGCUGUCAUAUCGUUCUCUCAACAACGCAACUCAAAGAUGGACACCCCGACGGUGAACCGCCGGGGCCGCCCCCUAUCGGUGGGCGGUGGCAACACCAACACCACCAGCCGCAGCAGCAGCAGUCACGGCAGUCCGCUCGCCGCUGGUUCAGCUCGUGCCGCCGGCCCAGCGGGAGUCCAGCAGCCGGCCCAUCAUCAGCACCAGCCGGGGGCAGCACCACCAGCAUACGGUACAUGGAGCGGUUCUGGUUAUGCGGGUCGAGUAGGCGGCGGGAGCGGAAGCGGCGCCGCCAGCAGCACCGCCUCCAACUCCAACAGAGGCGGGAGCAAAUUAGGCGAUCUGGAAAUCUUGGCGAGGCGCGAGAAGAUAUACUGCACGUCUCGAUCGAGGAGUGGCUCUCGAGUCAGGGAGACAUCCACAAUGUCCUCAACGACCUUGGUGGCGAUGGCUUCCGAGCUGGCAGCGGAAUCGGGGACGGGGACGGGGACAGGGAUGGCAACGGGAACGGGGAAACGAGACUCUUCCUGGCCGAGCCGAGCAGCUGCAGCAGCCUCACUGACGAGGACGAGGAGUACUACUUCGAUGGACGGAGCGGGAGCCAUCAGUACCACCACCACCACAACAACAAUGACUGAGGCAUUCCUCGAAACGGAGGCCGGCAAAUCGAAGCGAUUGAUUAACUUCAUAAAGCGCCGUAACUCCGAGAUAACCGCCAGUAGCAGCAGCAGCAUCCCCAACGUCUCCGAUGGCGCCCAACCGAGCCAGAGUCAGAGCAGCCUGAUGCUCCAAAGGCAGUCGCCGGGCCAGUCGCAGGGUCCGGAUUCAGCGGACAUGGCACAGAUGUCGCCGCGAAAGGAUAACGACAAGCCAUCGCUGAACCGCCGCCUGUGGAAACAGAUCACCAAACGCCGACGCACCAACUCUGUGUCCCAAAUAGUCGCGGGCUAGGGGAACCCCCAUCCUUGAACCCCAAACCCACACACACACACACACACUCUCACACACACAAUCUCACACACUCUUAGCCCUCGUUCAAACUGUGUUCUGUGGGUAGAUUUUAGUGACAUUUGCACGGGGCAGUCGAUGUCUGGAUGGGAAUUGAAGAGGAAACUGCAACUGCCAAGCAUAUCAAGGUGGGUUUAGGUUCUUAAAUCGACUGCCCCACCAAAAGGACUGGCAGAAAUCAAAAUGAAAGAGAGAGAGUAGAGAAAGUUAAUUAAUUGAAAGCCACUCGACAUGGAGGGUACAACACUUUAGUAGUAUGUUAAGUUUUUUGAUACGACUUUGUAGCUAGCGAAUCCCCCCGGAUCGCAACGAUCCUAGGGGCAGCUCUAGGCGUCCAAAUUGCGUCCAAAAACCAAACAAAAAAAAAUAAAAUAAAAA